GAGAAGUCGUCACGAAAAACAUUUUUGAAUGUUUCGGCUACUGGGAACAGAUGGAUUUCUAUAUGUGGACAAGGAGGACUCUGCAAGAAGGAUCACUUUGUGCUCAACACUGCCUGAAUAAUCUGUUGCAAGGAGAAUACUUCAGCCCUGUGGAGUUAUCCUCAAUUGCCCACCAGCUGGAUGAGGAAGAAAGGAUGAGGAUGGCGGAAGGAGGGCUGACUAGUGAAGACUAUCGCACAUUUUUACAGCAGCCUUCUGGAAAUAUGGAUGAUAGUGGCUUUUUCUCUAUUCAAGUUAUAAGCAAUGCCUUGAAAGUUUGGGGUUUGGAGCUGAUCCUGUUCAACAGUCCGGAGUAUCAGAGGCUCAGGGUCGAUCCCAUAAAUGAAAAAUCAUUUAUAUGCAAUUAUAAAGAACACUGGUUUACAGUUAGAAAAUUAGGGAAACAGUGGUUUAACUUGAAUUCUCUUUUGACGGGUCCAGAAUUAAUAUCAGAUACAUACCUGGCACUUUUCUUGGCUCAAUUACAACAGGAAGGUUAUUCUAUAUUUGUCGUUAAGGGUGAUCUGCCAGAGUGUGAAGCUGACCAACUUCUCCAGAUGAUCAGAGUCCAACAGAUGCACCGACCAAAGCUCAUUGGAGAAGAAUUAGCGCAACUGAAAGAGCAGAGAGUCCUUAAAACAGACCUGGAGCAAGUCUUAGAAGGAAAUGAUGGGACAGGAGCGCUAGAUGAAGAUGAGGAGGACUUGCAGAGGGCUCUGGCUCUCAGUCGCCAGGAGAUUGACAUAGAAGAUGAAGAAGCAGAUCUCCGCAGGGCCAUCCAGCUCAGUAUGCAAGGUAGUUCCAGGAAUAUAUCUCAAGACGUCCCACAGACAUCAGGCCCAAAUCUUACGUUUGAAGAGCUGCGAAGGAGAAGAGAAGCCUACUUUGAAAAGCGGCAGCAGCAGCAGCAACAGCAGGCAGAUCCGCCAGGACAGGCUUCACAGCCACGUGAAAGGCCGACCACAAGCUCGGGGGCCCUUGGCAGUGACCCAGGUGAUUCUAUGAGUGAAGAAGACAUGCUUCAGGCAGCUGUGACUAUGUCUUUAGAAACUGUUACAAAUAAUUUGAAAACAGAGGCAAAAAAAUAAUAUCUUUUAAAAUCAUGUACCUGUUCAUACUUUCCAGCGUUGUCCUCUGUGAUUACAGCAUAGGGUCCAUUUUGGUAAUGUAUCAAAGAGAACAUUGUUCACCAGAGGAGACAUUCAGGGGGCUUGAAAACAACAAGCGAAAGUAGAAAUUUGUCAGUUGUAGGAGUGAAUAAUGAUCCUCUAAAACUAGCCAAAGAGGCAUUCAGCAAUUAAAGAGAUUUAAAUAGUCUUCUAAAUGUUGCUUUUUCUUUUCUUUCUUUCUUUUUUUUUUUUUUUUGAAUGUGCAAUAUCUAAUGUGUUAAAACUGAGGCAUUUUUCUUGGCUUAUUUUGCAGACCACCUAAUUAGCUCUUGUCAUAGAACUUGUUCCAUGCGCUUUUAUUUUUUUCUUCUUUUAUAGGUAAUUUGGAUCACUUUCAGUGUCUAAUAAUUGCUUUUAUUUCUCCCUAACCAAAUUAGCCUUGCAAGAUACUAUCUGCUGUCUGGCUUGAUGAUUAUAAUGGUUCUGGAAGGAUGAGCCCUCCACCCCCCAGCUGUGCGUGUCACGUGCAGUGAGGUUUGCUUGUGUUGUUUUCUGAGGCCACAAUUUCUCUACUACCUGGUUUUUAUUAUUUUUCUGCAGUACUUUUGAAAGAGAACAUUUUACGAGGUUUUGCUUUUUUAAAGCCCUGUACAAGGGGAUCGUUAUUUCAAGACUUCACUCCAUUUCUAAACUCUGAAAUCAGCUCUUGCACAAAUAUUUGAGAAUAAAUGAGAAUUUUUAAAAAGUAUAUAAGCAUUUGUUUUCCCAAAUGCUUUAUGAAUGUCUUUUCAAUUAUGUCACAACUUUACAGCUUUGCUGUAGCCCUGUUUUUCCUGCGCCUUAUUAUUUCUUCCUGAGCUGAGAAAAGUAGGGGAAGUUUAAUAUACAAGCAGAUUUCCUGCUGCUAGAAAUUUUUGACAUAUAUACCCACCAUGAAUGUAUGAUAAAUGCAUUUUGGCCUUCAAUUUUAGUAGUAGUUUCAUUUUAUUUUCUUUUGUGACUGGAGCUUUGUGUUCAAUUUACAAUGGUCAUGGAUUGUAAACAUCACUUCACAUUUUCUAGUAGGUAUAGUUUGUCGGGAAUUAUGAUUAGGAACAUGGAAAUAAUGUACUGAUAAAAAUAUGUUUAAAUGUAUACUAUUAUUUGACAGUUGCAUCAUGUUUAAAUAGCUUAAGGGUUAGAGAAGUCACAGUAGUUAUUGGGU